UACCACUUUGUCUAUGACCGAGUUGCAAAUCGUUUCAGAAAAUUCAGUCCAUAUUUCGUGUACAUGAAAUUAAGAAGUGUAGUUAUAGUGUUACAAAUUGCUAUAAAAUUGAAUUAUUUUAUUUCAGACAGUUUACGCGAGCUAUUCUAACAAUUUGUCUAAGUAGGGUACCGUCGCAGGAUACAAAAAGUAAAACAUAAAUACAAAUAUUACAAAAUGGAAACGUCACUUAGUUCCUGUGUUGUGAUAAUGUGUAUAAUGUUUUACGAUUAAACAAUGGCCAGUUAAAACAUUCCUACGGUGAUAUAAUACUGCGGAUAUUUUUAAAAUAGUCAAACGUGAUGUUUGUGCGCGUAGUCAAUGAGAUUUCAAUAUGAAUUGGUUCGACACGUCUGGUUUGACGAGUCUGGCAAAGACGGCGCUGAAAGAGGCCCAAAAGACGCUGGACAAGGCUCUGGACAUUCAGGACGAGAGCGGGGAGGAAGAAGAAGCGGCGGCGUCCACUUCUCAGAUGAAAUCUUCGCCAGGGGAAAGUGAAACGACCCCAAAAGACAACUCUGAUUUCUUCGCUUCUUGGGGCCUCACAGUCAGCGCUGAAGGCCCUCAGGAUGUCAACGAGCAGACAGUAGUCACCGAGAGCCCUUCUAAGGGAUCUCAAAGCCUCUGGGGCUCUUUUGCAGGAUCUUUCUUUGAACAUGAAAAGAUUUCUGAAACAGAUACAGCUAUUGUUCAACCUCCAAAAGCUAAGUCCAUGAAUGUGAUUAAUGACUCGAAAUAUGGCAGUGCUACAGACUUGUUCUCUAAAAGCCAGCUUGUUAUGUCUGAUGAUACAGAGUUUGAUGUUAAAAAGGUAAAAGAUGAAGUCAAGGCAGAUGAGAGACGUAAUUCAUCCCGCUCAAAUAGAUUAUCACUGGUGUCUAGUAGAAAUAGUUCUGAUUCUGUUGAAGUAUUGUCACAGAGUUUGAAGACUACUCCGGACUCUGAAGCUGCGUCCGUACACUCCAUUUCUCACAGUAGUAGUGUUGGUCAGAAACUUAACUCCGAAUCUGUGGAAAUUUUACCAGACAGCCUUGUGAGUCCAAGCUCUAUUGAAUGUCUAGGUUUUGACAGUUAUUCCAGUGAUAAGAAUAGCAGUACAUCUUCUAAUCUCUCACCUGGCGAGUUGAGUGACAAGAAAUCCACACCAGUUGACAGAACAGAGAAGGCGGAGACUGCGGACAGUGUCAGUUUAGUUGCCGAUGAUGAUGAAGACACCAUGUCCUAUAAUUCCAUCUCGGAAUGCACAGCACCCACCGUUUUAGACACUGAUGACAACCCUGUAAGUCCAUUUCCGAAAAGAGAAGGCAAGAAGUUGUUAGAGAAAGAAUUUAUUCACUUAGAUCCUCCAUUGCUACCACAGAAAAUGCAGAUUAGUGAGAACUCUUCUAACGACGGAUCCUGGUCUGAUCGGACCUUGAACGCUGACAAUGACAGUAUGAUUCUAGACGUCAAUGUUGACGAGCCAAAGAAAGAGACUGAACCUGAAGAUGUGCUUAUGGAGAAAUUAAGUGAUUCAUCUUCAUUUUACAAUGUAAAUGUUUCCGGAGAAAUGAUUAGGUCUGAAAGCUCAGCUUUUGUUAAUGUAAAGAAGCAGCAAUGUAGCCAGUCUGAUAAAUCUGAGUCUCAAAAAAGCAGCGUUAAGGAGCGCACAUCACCAACUAGCUCUGACAGCAAGAGUGACCUAGUCAAAAUCGGUUCUGAUCGUACCUCUGGCCAUACUUCAGGCGAUGAGCUUGAAACAACCACCUCAUCCGACAUUGAGAUCAUUCCAAGUCCAAACGGUGACAACCAUGGCUUUCGUAACAGUCCUGCCAAAUACAACUUUAAAAAAUUUGACGGCACUACCUCACCAAACUUGGUUGAUUUAGUCUUAGGAAAAUCUUUAGCAACUAAAAUCCGUGGGCAUAAUAGAGAAUUAUCCGAAGCAUCAGUUCAAAGUAAUACAAGUGAUGACAGUAGUACAGAGAAUGACCGGUUGAUGCGCCGGUUGUGUGAAAUGGCAGAAAUAUUGGAGGCCAGAGAGAACAGACUGAUGGAAGUGAGUAGGAGUAAUGCUGAGCUGGCGGAGAGUAAUGCGGACUUGAAGACCCAAGUGGAGAGCUUGCUGGCGAAGCACGGGACGCACGAGGGUGGGGAUAUUAGUACGAUCACGGAGGACUAUACGCAGAGGAUGUCCGCGUUGGAAAAGAAGUUCCAACAGGCCAUAAGGGAAAAGGACCAAUUACGCAAGCAACUCGACAGCCUCAAAUCCGACUCGUCCCGCAAAAACUCCUCCGAGCUAGAAAGCAGUUUGAAAGAGCGAGACGAAGUCAUAGCGCAGAUGCAAGAGGAAGGAGAGAAGCUAGCUCGUCAGCAAUUACAGCAUUCGAAUAUUAUUAAGAAGUUGAGAGCGAAAGAGAAGGAUAAUGAGCAAGUUAUUAAAGGACUCAGGGAUAAAAUAGCUGAACAAACUUCCGAAUUAGAUCGCCUAAAGAGGUCUAUCGCUGCGAAAGAGGAGUUAGAAGUAUCACAAAUAGAGGUGGUGUACCGGCUUACCACGGCGAAUAAGAAACUCGAGGUGGAGCUUGCUGAGACAAAAUGCGCACUAGACGACGCGACCCAACGCCUCACCACGACCCGAGCGUCGCUCGAGGCGGCCAAGCGAGAGCUGGCCGACGUGGAGACAGAGCGAGUCGAGCUGCGCGCGCGCUGCGGCGCCGCGGCGCGCGCGCAGCGGGACGCCGACCAGGAGCGCGCCCUGGUGGAGACGCUGCAACAACAACUGGCUAGCUUGAGAGCGGAGGUGGUGCAAGAGGAACGGCGCUGGGUGUCCCGCGAGGAAGCGCUGCGCCGCGAGUUAACCGAGGCGCGUGAGCUGUGCGCGGCGCUGGAGGCGCGCGCCGGCGCCGCGGCGGGCGGGGACGGCGCCGCGGCGCUGCUGGCGCAGCUCGCCGCGCUGCAGCGCUCCGCGCUCGAGAGGGACCAGGCCCAUGUCAGCACUGUCAGGGGACUCAAGCAGCAAGUCGCUGAAGCCGAAACGUCCCUAACCAAAGCCGUCGAACGCGAGCGCCUCUCCCGCGAAGAAUUAGAAGAACUGACUCGACGCCUGGCCGCGUCUGAAGGCUUGCUGGACGACGCACAGAGCCGGCUGGACACUGUGACCAGCCAGUGUCGAGAACUGGUCGCUAGGGUCGACACACUAGAGGAUGAACUGGCUAGUAAAUCCAGAGAGCUGACGCGAGUGAAGGAAGAUACAAGCAAGCAGAUAGCAGAGUUGCGGCAACAGCUGGCCACCGCUGAGACUGCCCUAGCCACUGCCCAGAAUGCCUUGGAGACGGAGAAGAAACGAAACGCUAUUCUACAGGAGCAAGUUUCGUGUCGCGGCGACAUUAGCCCGCCGCAUUCCGUGGCUUCCGACACGCUGUCUUCAUCCUUAUGGGCUUCGGACACGGGGCGUGCCACCCCCACUGGCGCCGGUGUGGUGACGUGCGCGGCGGGCGUGGAGGAGCUGCUCGCGCAGCUGCAGCGCCGCGACGGCGAGCUGCGCGCCGCGCAUGCGCGCGCGCUGCAGCUCAGCGCCGAGCGCGACACGCUCAGAGACCAUGUCGCCUCGCUCCGAGCGAGACUGGACGACUACCAGAGCGUCCAAGAGCAAUACGACGCCCUCCUACAAAUGUACGGCGAGAAAGAGGAGCAGUUAGAAGAGCUGCGUCUAGACCUGCAGGACGUGACGCAGCUGUACAAGGCGCAGCUGGACGAACUGGUCGCGCUCAAGCGCAGGUAG